GCUCCUCCAGGCCGACGUCCCGGCUAAGGAUGAACUGGAGACGGUGCCGGUCUCCCUGCCCAGCGGCCGGGCGGCGAGCGUGCUGCGCUGGUUCACCACCGCGAUCCUGUAUGCGGCCUUCCUGGGGCUGGGAAUGUGUAUUGCUAUACUGGGACCCACUUUUCAAGAUUUGGCAAGGAAUGUAAACAGAAACAUCAGCAGUCUUUCUCUCAUUUUUGUGGGCCGUGCCUCUGGAUAUUUGUUUGGCUCUAUGAUUGGUGGAGUUCUUUUUGACUGUAUGAAUCAUUUUUUACUUUUGGGGCUGUCAUUGUUAACUACUGCAGUUGGUCUUUAUCUUAUUCCUUUUUAUAAGAGAGCAGUAUUACUGAUCAUCAUGAUGUCUGUCUAUGGUGCUUCAGGGAGCAUUGUGGGCAUCAGUGGUAACGUCCUCAUCUUGGCUAUUUGGGGAGAUAAAGGAGCCCCACACAUGCAGGCCUUACACUUCAGUUUUGCCUUGGGUGCCUUUCUGGCUCCAAUUCUGGCUAAAUUAGCAGUGGGUACCUCAGUGUCUGCUGAAAACCACACAGAGCCUGCCUUUCAGCCUCCAGCCACCAAUGGGUCAUCUGAAGCUGACUCAGCGCCUCUGUUUGGAUUGCCUGAUGACAUGAAUCUAUUCUGGGCUUAUGCUUUUGUCGGCACUUAUAUGUUCAUAGUGUCUCUCUUCCCGUUUGCUCUGUUUUUCAAGAAAAGCUCAAGGCAGGAAAAAUCAAAACCAUCUGCUCAGGAAUGGCGAAGAGCUGAAUAUCACAAGACCCUUCUCUGCCUCCUUUUCUUGUUCUUCUUUUUUUAUGUUGGAGCAGAGGUAACAUAUGGCUCUUACGUUUUCUCCUUUGCCACCACCUAUGCUGGCAUGGAAGAACGUGAAGCAGCUGGGUUGAACUCCAUCUUCUGGGGGACCUUUGCAGCCUGCAGGGGCCUGGCGAUCUUCUUUGCUGCCUGUCUACAGCCGGGCACCAUGAUUGUGUUGAGCAACAUUGGCAGCCUGGCUUCAUCUUUAUUUCUGGUGUUAUUUGACAAAAGUCCACUCUGUCUCUGGAUUGCCACUUCAGUGUAUGGGGCUUCAAUGGCAACCACGUUUCCCAGUGGUGUUUCCUGGAUUGAGCAGUACACGACCAUAAGUGGGAAAUCUGCAGCCUUUUUUGUAAUUGGUGCAGCACUGGGAGAAAUGGCUAUUCCUGCAGUAAUUGGAAUUGUUGAGGGACAAUACCCAGAUUUGCCCGUAGUUCUGUACACCUGUUUGGGGUCAGCGAUAUUCACUGCUGUUAUAUUUCCUGUGCUGUAUAAAUUAGCCACCUUGCCUCUGGAUCGCCAGCGAAAAGCUAACAGAAAGAGUGAGGACUAAAACUCUUUGCUUUCCAACUCUGAGCUAAAUGACUAUGAGGAGGAGAACGAAGGGGAGAAUGCAGAAAAAUGGAAUGAAAUGGAUUUUGAAGUGGUUGAAAUAAAUGAUAAAGUAAGAUAUUCUUUCAUAAAGACAUCUGGAGAUAAUUCAGUGGCGCUCAGAGAUCAUGUCUCAACCAAUCAUUCUCCAACGCAUUGAUGUUUGAAUCUUCUCCAGUUAAUCUAGCAAUUCCCCUCUGAAGUAUCUUGCCAGAAACCAGGAGAAAUGAGAAAAUGGACUAUUUACUGACUGCCUUGAAUAAACGCCACUUCUAACAAGGCCAGUCAGAGGAGAGCAUUAGCAGAUUUUCAGCAUGCUUUGGGGAUCAGUUUUUAGGUCCAUUUUUAGCAAAUGCUGAAAAGUUUUGAAAUGUUCUCUAAAAGCCAAAAUCCUAUAGAAAGUACCAAGUGAUAUGGUAUGAUAUGGUAGACUAAGAUCUUGUUAGGGAGAUUAGGUAACUUUAUUGUCUCCACCUUUCGGAGAAUAUUUGUGUUUGAGAACUUGGGUAGUGUUCUAAUCGAGUAAACCCACAGAGGAAUAUAAUGGAUUUCCUGAGUAAUUUAUCGGACAUCCAUCUUCUUCCUGGGAAGUGGGGAGAGUAGUUUCUUUUAAAAUCAUCUUUGGAAUCAACAGAUAUUUAAUUGUUUUAUCUUAUCUGUAUGGUUAGACCAAAGAAUGCUAAUGACUCAUUUGAUUUUUGAUUUUGAAAAAAAGAACACAGAACAGGGCCCAUGAGACCUGAAUUCAGGGUGUUUCUCAGCCUUCUAACUCUACACUGACGCCUGGUUUAUAUCAUGUCCUGAUUUGUAAUUCUUGAAAUGAAAGUGAGAUAAUAUCCAAAUUAAAAAACUCAUAGGUUUAGUUUGUGCAAGAUUUCUGGAAGAACAAACCAUGCAUCAUUACAAAUUGGAAUUAAAACAAAAAUAAUAAACAGCUUUAAGUAUGUGGCUACUGAUUAUGAAUUCAUAUGCUCAGUGCUUAAUAUGUUAUUGAACAAUUUUCUGAAAAAUGCAUUUUUUUAGUGCUGCAUUUUGUUUAUCCUAAGACAUAUCUUUACCCUGUACUUUUUAACAUUUCCAAUCAGGUAUGUGACAAAAUUUAAUUCACAUUAUUUUACUAUAAACAUAUAUAAAAUAUGGUUGUAUUUUGUAACCAGUGUUUUAGAUUCAAUGAUAUACAGUAAUGCAUUCAAUUAGGGAAACUGUACUAUGUUUGUUUAUAUUUUAAAAGAAAACUUAUUUUAAAUACUAAUUUAAUCUCUAUUUUUAUAUACAGAUGGGAUUUUUAUAUACUAUAUUCCAAUAUUAGAAACUAUCUCAGAGUUACAACAUUAGAAGUAGAUUGUUUUCUUGAGACAUUCUGCUUAUCUUAGUAAGAGACUGGAUCUUCCUGUUUCAAGAAAUUUAGGUAUUAUUCCCACUCUACAUACUAUAAACCAGUCUAAAAGUUGACAAUAAGUCACAGACUUUUCCAGGGUUUGGAAUUCUUGUGUCACCCAUCCAGAGAUCCUCCUCUCUGAGUCUGAAAUACCUGGAGAAUCAAAGUAAUGAUCAUAAGGUAGCUUUGUGGCCCAGGCAUGGGAGAUGAUGAAGGGAAAUUUAUAUGAGUAUGAAGGGAACUUCAAUAAAUGACAAGAAUCAAUAAAAGUUUUUGUAUACUUUUCCCUAAGUUUUAUGCUGAGUGACCUCAAAUUUCUACCAGAAUGCAGUAUAUUUGCUUUCUCUUAUUUAAUGUCAAUAAAUUUGUUUUUGAGAAA